UUACAGAAAAUAAGUUAGCACCAUGCUUUGCCGUUUGUUGCUUUUUACAGUUUUCUUUAAUUAUCUUUUGGAAGCGGCGUAUUGCGACGAGAGUGGAAAUUUUUUCCUGAAAGUCUCUAAAAGCGUGCCGAGAAUAGGGAAAAGGGGCAAGGGCAGUCCGGAGUUUGAGAAGUUUUUCUUAAAGGCCUCGAAAUCUGUGCCCAGAAUAGGAAGACGAAACGAGAAUCCUUUCGAAAAUCAAAAUGAGGUGGCCGACAAUGGUUAUACUCAAACAAGAAUCAAAUAUCCCACUUGGUCUGAGUUAGCAGACAGAUACGAAUACGACCCGGAAUUGUUUUCGUCGCCACAACUUUUAAGGAAAUUGGAAGAGGAAAUCGGUGAUGACCCCACCUUGUACGACUGGGAAAAAGUGCGUCUCAAACGAAAUGUGCCUGGCCAAAAUCGACGUCACUGAAAUGAAAAUCGGAAAUACUAAUAUAAUAUAAAAUUACCCUAAGGUUCUGCAAGUGCAGUGUUAAUUAAUCAUAUGCAUUGCUAUAUUAUAUUCAUCUGUAAUGUAAUUAUAAAAAAAUAAAUACACUG